AUGAGUGGUUCUCAGGCUAUUACAGUCCUGCCCAAUCUGGUAUAUGAAAUGACUAAUCAGACAGAUGGAGACUGUAUAUUCAACGAGGAGUUUAAAUUCUUGAUGCUACCAAUCACCUACUGUGCAGUGUUUGUGGUGGGACUGCCUCUCAACAUAACCGCUAUGUGGAUCUUCAUUGCAAAAAUGCGACCGUGGAGUGCAACAACAGUUUAUAUGUUUAAUCUUGCUUUGUCUGACAUGCUGUAUGUGUUAUCAUUGCCAACCCUGGUUUAUUAUUAUGCUGAUCGUAACAACUGGCCCUUUGAGGAGCCAUUGUGUAAAUUUGUCAGAUUCCUCUUUUACACCAACUUAUACUGUAGCAUCCUCUUUCUUACUUGCAUCAGUGUCCACCGAUAUAUGGGAAUAUGUCACCCUCUACGCUCCCUGCAGAAGAUAAAAGCCAAGCAUGCCCGCAUAGUGUGUACCUGCGUGUGGCUUGCAGUCAGUCUCUGCCUGGCCCCGAACCUUGUCUUUGUCACAAUCAGCACCAGGGGUAAUGACACACUUUGUCACGACACCACAAGUCCAGAUAAGUUUGAAAAUUAUGUGGAAUACAGCACAGCUGUUAUGAGUCUAUUGUUUGGGGUACCUUGCCUGGUGAUUGCAUGUUGCUAUGGGCUUAUGGCAAGAGAAUUGAUGAAACCACUAGUUCGAGGAAGCAAACAAACUCUACCUACAUACAAGAAAAAAUCCAUCAGGACAAUUGUGGUAGUCCUUAUAGUGUUCACCAUUUGCUUCUUGCCGUUCCACAUCACACGGACUUUGUACUACUACGCCCGUGUUUUCAAGGCGGACUGUCAAAUUCUUAAUGUGGUUAAUUUAACUUAUAAGAUCACACGUCCGUUGGCCAGCGUAAACAGCUGCAUUGACCCAGUGCUCUAUUUCCUUGGCAGUGACAGCUACCAAAGACAACUGGUAAAAGAAGUUACUAGAGUGUCAGGCACAUUUAGGAGGGUUUUGGCUUCAGCCGGUUCAGGGUCCAUUUUAUGUGGGAGAGGAGACAGUCUAGCUGUCAUUUCUGAUGACACGCAUACCAUACGGAGUCUAGGAAGUGUACUGGGAGAAAGUGUUGCAACACACAGGGGAACAGACGAACAUGCAGAAGAACAAGAUAAUGAAAAUGUACAAGGAGUUAAAGAAAGUGAUAAGCAGCGUAUGAACAGCAGGAGGCAAGAGAAGUAUAAGGAAGGAAAGAAACACAUAGAACAAAAAGUAGUUGCUCCAAAUAAAGUAGAAUGCAGAACAGAUUUAAUAGAUGAGAUAGAAAGAAAUGUAGAUGCUCUAAAAUUUAAAGAAACAGAAGCUACACAUCGACUUAAAGGGAACCAGUCUCAAGAAGAGAAGAAUUGUGAAAUUGAAUCUAAGAGGACUACAGGUAAAUGGACUCUAUGUAUACGAGGAGAUGCAGGGUUUGUGAGGGAGGGAAAAUUAGAGGAAAUACCUUGUGAUGCCAGAGGCAGCUCUGCUUGGAAUCUCCUGGAUUCAAUGGAAUACAGUGAGCGACAUUUACAUGCCAAUAAUCCUAAGGAGGAUCAUCGUGGUAAAGAACGAAUGUUAUUGUCUAUCCCAAAUGUAAUCAAUUAA